GAUAGAUAAUAUCUUCACAAAACUACAAACUUAUUACCACCAACUACAUGUCGUUCCAAUUGUAAAAUUAAUGUUACAAGGACCACUUUUUGUUUACAUACAUAACAACCAACUUAUAUGGUUACAUAUAAACAAACGCAUGUAGUUAUGGAAAUUUGGCUUGGUAUGUUGUUGAUUUAUGUAUUUGUCAGAUGAACGAUCUGCAAAGUAGAAAUAUGGUAUAUAAUCUAAUUAUACGAAAAUCAUUUAAAAUAUAUAUCUUUGGUAAAUGAAUUACAUAUUUUGUUCUUAUUAAAUAAUUAUUAAAAUAUAAAUUAUAUUUUACAAAAUAUAUUAGUCUCAUCUUAAUUUGUAGUAUUUAUUAUUACUAGGUUGAAAACCGUUUUUAUUUCUUAUCAUUUCUGAAAUAUUUGUUUUACAUAAAUUGAGAUCUUCACAGUUCACCAAUUUAUGUUGAAAAUUUAUUAGUUAAAUAUUCCCCAUAUAAAAGACAAAUAAUAAUGAUUAAAAUACCUAAAUAAAACAAGAAAAACGUAUAUUGCUUAGAGAAGAAAUAACAAAAACAUAUGUGUAAUAAAAUAGAAAGACGUGGCAAAAAAGCAACUAAUAUCCACCAAUCAACAUCUACCUUCAUCAGAUCAAAACCAAUUUAACGCGCGCAGAUUCUGCCAUGUGGUCUCUCUCUCUCCUCUAUAGCUCACUUCCUCUCUCUCUAAAAACCAGAGCUUCAAUGUCAUUGCUGUGACUCUAUUAAAGACCAGUGUCCCAAUCCUUCUUCUGUCUUUUUAAUCUUAUUUUUAUUUUUAAAAAAAAUAUUUUGGUGUAACCGGAGAAGAAGACUAUGGGAGGUUGCACCUCCAAGCCCUCCACCUCCGUGAAACAUAAUCCUCACACACCAAGUGAAGCUAUUCCUCAAAAUGUCGAUUCUACCCCCGCCCGUCUCGAGAACUCACCGGCUCAUACCUCAACCACCGUAAAGGCUUCACCGUUCUUCCCCUUCUACACUCCUAGCCCCGCCAAACACCGCCGUAACAAGAGCGUAGGAGGAGAGAGCAAGAGCACCACCAGCACUCCACUACGUCAGCUCGCUCGUGCUUUCCACCCUCCGUCUCCGGCGAAACAUAUACGAGAUGUUCUGCGGCGGAGGAAGGGGAAGGAGGCUACUCUCCCGGCGGAGAGCAAGUCUGAGGAGGAGGAGGUGGGGCUGGACAAGAGAUUCGGAUACUCAAAGGAGUUUGAGAGUAGGAUGGAGUUAGGGGAAGAGAUAGGGAGAGGGCAUUUUGGGUACACUUGCUCUGCUAAGUUCAAGAAAGGAGACCUCAAGGAUCUUGAGGUUGCUGUUAAAGUCAUCCCUAAAUCUAAGAUGACAACUGCAAUAUCUAUAGAGGAUGUGAGAAGAGAAGUUAAAAUCCUGAGGGCUUUAUCUGGACAUAACAAUCUGGUGCAAUUCUAUGAUGUUUUUGAGGACAAUGACAACGUCUACAUCGCCAUGGAGUUAUGUGACGGUGGUGAACUACUUGACAGAAUACUUGCAAGGGGAGGGAAGUACUCAGAAGAUGAUGCAAAAGAAGUGCUUAUACAGAUCCUUAACGUUGUAGCUUUCUGUCAUCUCCAAGGAGUUGUUCAUCGAGAUCUUAAACCAGAGAACUUCUUGUACACUUCCAAGGAGGAGAACUCUCAGCUAAAAGUCAUAGACUUUGGUUUAUCAGACUUUGUCAGACCACACGAGAGACUAAACGAUAUAGUGGGUAGCGCAUACUACGUAGCCCCUGAAGUUCUACACAGAUCUUAUACCACAGAAGCAGAUGUAUGGAGCAUAGGAGUAAUAGCAUACAUUCUCCUAUGUGGAAGCCGUCCCUUUUGGGCAAGAACUGAAUCAGGAAUCUUCAGAGCAGUUCUAAAAGCUGAUCCGAGUUUCGACGUACCUCCUUGGCCUUCAUUGUCCUUGGAAGCUAAAGAUUUUGUUAAGCGGUUAUUGUACAAAGACCCACGGAAAAGAAUGACUGCCUCUCAAGCUUUGAUGCAUCCUUGGAUCGCUGGUUGUAUAAAGAACAUGAGCAUCCCAUUUGAUAUUCUGAUCUUCAAGCAGAUCAAAGCAUACUUGAAAUCUUCUUCUUUGCGCAAAGCUGCUUUGAUGGCUCUGUCAAAGACGUUAAUUACAGAUGAAGUUCUUUAUCUGAAAGCACAGUUUGCACUCUUAGCACCCAAUAUAAAUGGUCUCAUCACUUUGGAUAACAUCGCAUCGGCACUUGCUAUAAACGCAACAGAAGUAAUGAAGGAAUCACGCAUCCCUGACUUUGUUGCAUUGUUAAAUGGACUUCAAAACAAAGGGAUGGACUUUGAAGAGUUUUGUGCAGCUUCCAUUAGUGUUCAUCAGCAUGAGUCACUUGACUGUUGGGAGCAGAGCGUUCGCCAUGCCUAUGAGCUCUUUGACAUGAACGGAAACAGAGUUAUAGUCAUUGAAGAACUCGCUUCCGUUUUGGAUCAUCUGUCCCAGUACAUACCAUUCUACAUGACUGGAUAAGGCAUACUGACGGAAAGCUAAGCUUCUUGGGUUUUGUCAAACUGUUACACGGUGUCUCUACUCGACAGCCUUUAGCUAAAACAAGAUGAGCAAGGUAACAACAAGCAUACUAUGGAAUGGAUGUCAAGACCUUUACUGAUCUUGUUACUGAACUAGAAAAUGGAACUGUAUUAAAGACACAUUCCCAUGUUUAUAAUGCAAAAGUUCCAACAUAA